UUCCGCUGUCCAUGACGAGUUGCGUUGGCUUAGUAUACAAGAUACUACGUUACACAAACUUCUUCACUGGUCUGCAUGCAGCACCUUGGGUUGACAAGGGUAUAAGGUACUCUCGCAGAUCACCGAAGACAUUGAUGGUAACUACGAAUUCAAGCUAUCUAUGCUUAAAUUUAUCUUCCACGCUCCAAAUCUUCCACUGAAAUAUGCCUCCCGGUCCCGUUGACGGAGUCAAAAAUCCCGCACAGAAGGGGGACAAGAAGCAGGACGAUGCGUCCAAGGCGGACCAGCCCAUCGAGGAUCAGACCAAGGACAAGGCCGGCCAAGGGAAAGAAGAAAAGCCCAACGUUAACGGCCCUCAAACUGAUGGAGAGCCUCUACCCAAAGGACCUUGGGGGGAUCGUGGAGUCACGCACCGCAACGCCGGAAUGUACCAAGUCUCCGAGAACGCACCCACUCUGAACGUUCGGAUUAACUUGGAUCUGAGGGCCGAUGUUGCGUUGGAGCUUCACGCAGUUGUGCAGGGAUCUGUCAUUAUUGGGUUAUUCUGAAGUGGCCAUUUAGCUCCAAGUAUGCGGCAAAGUUAUAAUAAACGCUGGGAACGGUGAUAGCAAUGCUUUCGAUUUGAUAGUCAUUAACUAGGGAGUACCUGGUUACUCUGCUUAGUAGGGUAAAAAGGCGCCUGAGCCUUUGCUUCAAUAGACUAAUACUCCCUGUA